GUAGUUUGAGCUUGAGUAAUAGAGUAAAUGCAUCUAUUUUUAGCUGCUUCACAUCCAACAGUGCAUAUUAUUUAGGACCACUUUAUGCAAAAAAUUCUUAAAUUUAAUUGAUUAUUUCACAAGGCACGAACGAUCUUACUCGGCUGGCUUUUGAAUGCCAUUGCCGCGGGUCCGUCAACCUCUACUUUUUUUUUUUUGUUCAGUGCUACAUUUUAUUUCUCCUUUUUUUUCCUAGUCUCUCUGCCAUAGCCAGGACUUCUAUGGAUUUGAGUCAGCAGAAAGUGGGGUGCAUCUUUCCCUCUCUAAGCUUCAAGGUUUUUUCAUUGAAUUCAGGUAUUUGGGUUCUCUGAUGUAGUGAGAGAAACAAACCUCUUAUUAGUUGCAGGCGAGUUGAGGCAUGAGAUCUUCGAACUUGGGUUUUGUUGGGUGCUUCAAAAUGGGAUUCAAAUGCUGGUGCAGAUGGAGAGGGGAUCGCCCUUUCUUUGUUUCCUUUGCGUUUUUGUUUUUUCUUUCAUCUUUAUUUGUCUGUGUAGCACUGGGGUCUCUGUUUGCCUGGUUAACCCUGCCUCCCUUUGAGAGGCUUUCUUCGAGUUCCUCGGGUUGUCGCAUGGACGACGAAGGCUUGUGGUCGAUUGGUAUUUUUUAUGGAAAGACUCCUUUCUCUCUCCAACCAAUUGAAUUGAGUAAUGUUCAGAAGGAUGGAAGCUCGGCAUGGCCUGUUGCGAACCCUGUUGUUACCUGUGCCUUGCCCUCUGAUGCUGGCUUUCCUGUCAACUUUGUUGCGGAUCCUUUUCUUUUUAUUCAGGGAUACACUCUGUAUUUAUUUUUUGAGGCUAAGAAUACUCUUACAAUGCAAGGAGAUAUAGCAGUCGCAAGAAGUGUUGAUAAUGGUGCCACGUGGGAGUAUUUGGGUGUUUCUUUGGAUGAGGAAUGGCAUCUUUCAUACCCAUAUGUUUUCAGCUAUCGUGACCAGGUGUACAUGAUGCCUGAGGGCAAUAAAAAAGGGGAUCUUCGGCUCUACCGAGCACUUCAUUUUCCUCUGCAAUGGAAAUUGGAGAGGGUAUUGUUGAAGAAACCGCUGAUCGAUGCUUCUAUGAUUCAAUAUGAAGGUUAUUACUGGCUCUUCGGCUCAGAUUUCAGUCGGUUUGGUGCCCAGAAGAAUGCGGAGUUGGAAAUAUGGUAUAGUAGCUCUCCUCUUGGCCCUUGGAAACAGCAUAAACACAACCCUGUACUUAAUGGAAAUCGAACCCUAGGUGCCCGUAAUGCUGGACGCCCUUUUAUAUAUGAAGGGUACAUUUAUCGUCCUGGUCAGGACUGUGGGGAGACCUAUGGCCAUCGUGUUCGCCUCUUUAAAGUGGAAUUACUAAGCCCUGAUAAAUUUCAAGAAGUUGAAGUUCUUCUUGGUAUUGAAGAGUCAAAGAAAGGACGCAAUGCUUGGAAUGGCCUACGCUACCAUCACUUGGAUGUUCAGCAAUUACCGUCUGGCGAUUACAUAGCUGUAAUGGAUGGGGACCGGGUUCCUUCUGGGGAUUCCACAAGAAGGCUUGUUCUUGGUUUCACUGGUCUUCUAAUUUUGUUUACCCUUGUUAUGGUCAUGGGUUUCUUGGUUGGUGCUGUUAAUUUUCCUCCCUUGAGCUGGUGCACAUGUUAUGUUAGGAAAAGCUACCCUUUGUGGUUUUGGGCACACCCCCAAUUUGGUUCGAAGCUUCGAAGGGCCUUUACAUCCUUGAAUAGAACAAGCUCUUCCAUCAGAGGCAGGAUGAAGCCGAGGUCAUGUUUUGGUAUCUCAAUUCUGUGCAGUCUCUCAGUUCUAGCUGUGGUAGUGAUAUGCAUAUCUGUUGGGUAUUUGUUUGGAGGCAAUGGCUCUGAAGAGGCAUAUCCACUGAAAGGGGACUAUUCUCAGUUCACACUUGUCACGAUGACUUAUGAGGCUAGGCUGUGGAACCUGAAACUCUAUGUAAAGCACUACUCUCGUUGCUCAUCAGUGAGAGAGAUAGUCGUGGUUUGGAACAAGGGCACCCCUCCAGAAACCAAUGAGUUCGACUCUUCGGUCCCUGUUCGUAUACGUGUCGAACCCAAAAACUCUUUGAACAAUCGUUUCAAGGUGGACCCACUUAUUAAGACAAGGGCAGUGCUUGAGCUCGAUGAUGAUAUAAUGAUGACGUGUGAUGAUGUAGAGAGAGGUUUUAGGGUUUGGCGUGAGCACCCAGAGAGGAUUGUGGGAUUCUAUCCUCGGUUCAUUGAGGGGUCUCCUUUGGAGUAUAGAGACGAACGAUAUGCACGACGAAGAAAUGGAUAUAAUAUUAUAUUGACUGGUGCUGCAUUUUUGGAUGCUAGUUUUGCAUUUGAGAGAUAUUGGAGUGUGGAUGCGAAAGAAGGGAGAGGAGUUGUUGACCAGUAUUUCAACUGUGAGGAUAUGCUUAUGAAUUUCCUUUAUGCAAACUCUAGCAUGCACCGGACUGUAGAGUAUGUUCAUCCAGCUUGGGCCAUAGACACAUCAAAGAUAUCAGGUGUUGCCAUAAGUAGGGAUACUCAAAUGCACUAUAGGAUAAGGACCAAUUGCUUGCUCAAGUUCUCUAAAAUGUAUGGGUAUCUUCCUUCGAGGAAAUGGGAGUUUGGAAGCAGGAAAGAUGGGUGGGAUGUGUAGGUUGGGCUACACUAAGAAAUGCAAUUUAGAUAUCCCUUUCAUGGUGCGCUGCUCCGACAACUGGCUUGCUUAAGAGUCUCAUAUAUGUUCUGUGUGUUAAAUAGAGAAUUGGGCAAAAAUGACCAUGGAUGGUGUCCUGUGAAUGUGAGGAUGGGUAUGCUUUAUUGGUCAAUGUUUUGCAUGUUGCUUGGAAAGUGCUUUGCAGUAGUUCUUAGAGGCUCCUUAGAACACAGGCUUGUUGAGUUGUAAACUACCAGAAAAAAAAAAAAGAAAUAGAAAAAAUACCAGAUUUUUUUUUUUAUUCCUUUUUGUUUUUUUGAAUUGUAAAUUCUCCGUGCUUAUUGGUUGGUAGACAAAAUUACGGUUCAACGUUCGGAGC